AAGCGGACCAAGACCUACGUUGGCUGCUGGACCUGUCGAUCACGUGGCGUCAAAUGCGAUGCCAGUCGCCCGGCGUGCAAUCGGUGCACCAGACUCGAUCGGCUCUGCGAGGGAUAUGAAAUCCGGCUUGUGUGGGACGAUGUGACCGGCAGAGGCGACAAUGCGGGCCGCGAACCGCAAAAUGCAAAGCAGAAACGGCGACUGAUGUUGGAUGAUGCUGACAUGAGGAAUCCCAUCUUCGACGAGACCUAUCUCAGCGCUAUCCUGAAGCGACUCGACUCACCCCGGGUUGAUGACAGUAUGGAGCUGGUUGAGGGUCCUUAUACGGUCUUCGCAUGCGCUCCCACAAUCGAGGGCAGCGAUAGCAGACUACAAUUUGAUAUCACCUCGUCCUCUGAGGCAGACUCAACGUCAGCACAAGACAGUUGUUCGACGUCGCCCGGAGAUCCUUUCGAACCAGAAGCAUGCUAUCCCACGUCUAAGCAUCUUUGGUCGCGCUUCUUACUCCCUUUUUUGUCCGUGUCAUCUGCGGAAGAACGCCAGCUGCUACGAUUCUGGGUUACUUCAGCUAGUGGACUGAUGAUCUCAACCAAUCAUCCGAACAAUCCUUUCCGUGAAGUUGUUAUCCCGCUAGUGUUGGAAUCCGCAGCGUCGGCCCAUAGGCUUCCGGGCCAUUCUGCUUUGCUGCAUUCUAUCUACGCUUUUGCUGCCUUCAACAGGUCGCAAUUGCAGGAGCCGCCCGGGGAGCACGAUGAGGCCAUAGCCGCGAAACACCACCAAGCCGGACUUCGAUAUCUGCGACAAAGUAUGAUGGAAGACUCGCGUGGUCAGCAUGAGGCUAUUCUCGCUUCUAUGAUACUGAUGACCUCCAUCGAUAUUGUCGCGGCUCGCUCAUGCCAAUGGCGCAAUUAUAUCCGUGGAGGGAGAGAUUGGCUUAGGUCUCUGCGUGGAAAGUGGAACGAGAGCCAAGGGGGGCUCAUUUUGCGCCAGCUCUUCCAUUGUGUGGAGAUAAUCGGAUAUUCGCAUGAUCACAGCACACAAUUUGCAGCUAGCUCGUCCUCCUUCUUUGAAGAAGACUGGGAGAUGGAUACCAUGUCAUCUGCCACCCCUGGCUCUCCAACCAAUGAAUACUGCCUAGAAAAACUCUAUGGGAUUACCAAGCCUGUACUAAGAGCUAUUUUCGACGUAAGCAGGCUCUCAAUGUCAGCCCAUCGCCCCACUAGUGAGGAUCUUGUAGCACUGCGGAAUACCCUGCUCUUAGCGAAUCCCAGCACAGCGCGUUUCCCGUCCCCCAAGCCAGAAUUAGAGAAGGUUACAAGGCAUCACGCAUGUUCGUGGUAUUAUGCUUGCAUGAUACACUACGAGCGGUCUCUACACCACUCGCCGCCUCGAGAAAUCCAGCAUCUAGUGGAACAAUGUCUAUAUCAUUUGGAAGCAGUCGAGGACCUUCACGAUAAUUCUGCGAUGGAUGGCCUUAUGUGGCCACUGUAUGUGACUGCUUGCGAAGCCGAGGACGAUGAACUACGACGCCGAUGUAUGCAAGUCUUUGCCAAGAAAGCCAAUAGGGGCGUUGGCGCGACCGCUUGCGUCGAAGGCCUCAUUUUAGAAAUCUGGCAUCGUCGAGACAUGAACCCCGAAGAGGAUGUUUUGCAACAACAGGUGGCGGAGGACUUGAAAAUUGACAUUCUUCUCACAUGA